AACACAACUUGGAUUUCAGACCUUUGCUUGUUCCUUUCAAGGAGGUGCGGUGUCUGGAGAGGACUAUGAGGAAGUGAGGUCGGGUCGAGGAGGAAGAGGAAGGAACCAACAGAACACCAGAGGUAGCUGGCGGUACAACCGUGAGGAGGAGGACAGGGACUUGGCUGUAGCGGUCAGAGCCUCCAUGAUGCAACAGAGACGACAGGAGGACAGAGGACGAGACACCCAGGACAGGAGUGGAGCGCCCAAACACCGCAAAGAGGAGAGGACGGAGAGGACGGAGAGGAUGGAGCGGCCGGAGAGGAUGGAGCGGCCGGAGAGGAUGGAGCGGCCGGAGCGGAUGGAGAGGAUGGAGCGGCCGGAGCGGAUGGAAAGGAUGGAGCGGCCUGAGAGGACGGAGCGGAUGGAGAGGCCUGAGAGGACGGAGCGGCCGGAGAGGCCGGAGCGGACGGAGAGGCCUGAGAGGACGGAGCGGACGGAGCGGACGGAGCGGACGGAGAGGACGGAGAGGACGGAGAGGCCUGAGAGGACGGAGAGGCCGGAGAGGACGGAGAGGCCUGAGAGGACGGAGCGGCCGGAGAGGACGGAGACUGAGGAGAGACCCAGGAGUUUUCCUAUCAAACCUCCGGCAGAAACUCCCCCAGUGAAGACCAUGAAGAGCAACCCUCUGACAGGAGAAGACUUCCCAGCUCUCCUGGGGCUGCAGCGCCCACACUGAGUGUUAAGGCUCCCCCCAGGUCCCUCUGAAGGAGGACGACUUCCCCAGUCUAUCUGCUGCCGCGGUUACGACCCCCGUGACCCCCGCCUACUCCGCCCAACCCAGGAAGCACUCCUCCUUCCAAGAGGAAGAUUUCCCCGUCCUGGUCUCUAAGAUCCGCCCUCCCAGACCAGCGGGGCGGAGCGACC